AUGCCUCCUCCGCCUCCUCCAUCCCCUCGCACCAGUCUCGCGUCCCGCCGCACCGGCCGCUCUUUCAACCUGUACUUCUACUCUGUCUGCGGAGUCGGGUUCAUCCUCUCGACGUACCUGAUGUACAUGUACACGUCGUACCGGCGGGCGGUGGCGGAAUCGCAGAUGCUGGACCUGCCACAGAACGCCGACGUGUCGUCUCGGUGGAUGGACCUCUCGCGCAACUUCGACGACGAGGUCGACUUCUCGGAGCACUUCAUGCUCCUCGGCAAGCGGCGCCGGAACCUGUGUCGCCAGGCGGUUGGGAACGUGCUAGAAGUCAGCGCAGGCACGGGUCGGAACCUGCAGUACUACAACCUCGACCCGCUCCGCACGCCGCGGGACAGGCGCAUCAAGAGCCUCGUGCUCAACGACCUCAGCGAGAUCAUGGUCUACCAGGCCCAGAAGAAGUUUGAGCACAUGCAGGACCACACCGAGAACAUUGCCAAGUUCAGAGGCGACGUCAGGUUCGUCGUGGGCGACGCGAGCGACAGGAGACUCAUCGCGCGGCCCGACGGCGGCUUCGACACCAUCGUACAGACCAUGGGGGUGUGUAGUAUGGCGAACCCCGUGGCAUUUCUGAGACGGUUGGGUGAGUUGGUCAGACAGCCUGGGGAGCGGAGCACGGGUGUGAGUCUGGGCGCGAAGGCGCUGAAGGAGGAGGAACCACAACAACGAAAAAUAGAUUAUGGAGCGGAAGAGGAAGCGCAAGAGUCGGAGAAAAACACAGCAGAGAGAGAGCCGCAGAGUACAGUUUCUGACAAAGGUGGAAAGAUUCUCCUGCUGGAACACGGCAGGUCGUACUACGGCUUCGUCAAUCGCUUCUUAGACAACAACGCCAAAUUGCACGCUCAUCGGUACGGCUGCUGGAAUAACAAGGACAUUGACCAGAUCAUCCAGGACAGCGGGCUGGUCGUCGAGAGUAAGAGGAGGUAUCAUCUCGGUACGACGUAUGAGUAUGUUCUGAGGCCGAACCCGAGGCAGAGAGCGGCGGAGAAAGAGGUGACGACUGCAAAUGCGACCAGCUCGAGCGAUGCUGUUGCUGUUACUGCUGCUGCUGCUGCUCCUGGAUCGGAACAGAGUAAGUCGGCUUGGUGGAAGAUUUGGUGA